UGUGAAAGGAGCUCUCCCCUCCCGCGCUUUCGGGGAAGUGGGGAGGCCGGGCCGGGAGCAGCCGGCAGGGACUUUGCAAACUCUGCAAACGUCCCUCGCAGAUCUCGGAGGCUCGCGGCUGCGGGAGGGCUCCCGCAGACCCACAGAUCCCGUGUGCAUUCUCCCAGACCUCCUCUAAAAACUCCACCCGCAGAGCAUCCCCGCGCGCGUCGCACGCCCGGGAGGUGUCGCGGGGCCGCUUGGCCGCUGGGAAUCUGUAGGCUUUCGGUCCGGGAAACCCGCGUCCAGGGAAGCCAGGCGAGCCACGGCUCCAGAGGCGUCCCGGGCGCCGCGGGAUGAGCUGGUGAGCCGGCUGAGCGCGCCGAGGAGCGGGUCCAGCCACCACGGGGGACAUGGUUCUCGACUCAACCUCCAUCACUCUGGUGGAGUGAAAAUCACACAGGCCCCGGGAAACAUUCACAUCCUGCCUGCCACUGACCCGCCGUGUGACCUCCAACAAGGCACUUCUCAGAAUCUCAUUUCUCCAACUGUAAAGUCACCGCCUUACUUAGGACAUAUCUUGGGAGGUUUUGAGAGCGCCUGGUACGUGGUCUGGGCUUGGCGUUUGGGCUCUGGAGACAGCUGCGUGGCAAGAGGCGGAUGGUGGUGGCAUUUUGCCUCUUAAUGACUCUGUCUGUGGUGGCUGUCACCCAUUUCCCUGCACAGCAUCCAGACACCACGGAGCCCCAGCGGGUAACCGGCACCCCUGCCCCUCACAGCCCACAGGCUCUGAGCUCCCGCCGGAGGCAGCUGGCAAGAAAGCUGCGGUUCUGGAGAGGCUGGGCCCUGCCCAGGAAUUCCAGCCUGGUGUGUGCUGAGGAGCAAGGCCCCAGAGGAAGAGUGGACAGCAGCAGGCAGUCCCCGGGAGUGGACAGCAGGAGCCCAGGGAGGGUCAGGAGGGACAUUACUUUGGGAUCUCUAGGAGAGUCGAGACUCGGUACCCAGCGUCUUGUGCUCCUGAGCAAGGAUGAGGUCAAGGGUCCAGGAGACAAACGCCUAGGCCCCGCCUGGCAUGAUGGGCUCACCCGGGAGGCACAGAGUGAGACGGGCAUCCUGGUUGGCCCCCUCGCAGGGCAGUGGAGAGCUACUGCUGGACCAUCCCCCCAAACCCACCCAGUGGAAGUGCCAGGAGCUGGGAACAGAGCCUUGACUGGUGCGCGACAAGCAGGGGGUCCCACCCCGGGCACGGAGACUCGGCGGUGGCCUGGCUCUGUUGGGGAGCUGCAAGGAUCCAUCUGGUGUGCCUCUGAGACACCUGCGCGGCCGACUGGCUUGAGGACUGGCGGACAGGUGCCCCCAUGGCUCACAGAGCACGAUGUGCAGGCCCUCCGGCUCUUGGCCCAGGGGGAGGUGGUGGGCAAAGCCAGGGUCCCCGGCCACGGGCAGGUGCUACAGGUCGGCUUCUCCACCGAGCGUACCCUUCAGGACCUGUCUCCUGGACUCAGCCAACUCUGCUCCCAGGGGCUCUGUGGCCUGAUCAAGAGGCCUGGGGACCUGUCCGAGGUCUUGUCCUUUCACGUGGACCGAGUGCUGGGGCUGCACCGGAGCCUGCCUGCUGUGGCCCGGCGCUUCCACAGCCCCCUGCUGCCCUACCGCUACACGGACGGUGGCGCGAGGCCUGUCAUCUGGUGGGCGCCCGACGUUCAGCACCUGGGUGACCCAGACGACGACCAGAACUCGCUGGCCUUGGGCUGGCUGCAGUACCAGGCCUUGCUGGCACGAGGCUGUAGCCGGCCAGGCCAGGCCCAAUGCCUGGGCAUCCACCACGCCGAGUGGGCACGCCUGGCACUCUUCGACUUCCUGCUGCAGGUCCAUGACCGCCUGGAUCGCUACUGCUGUGGCUUUGAGCCGGAGCCCUCAGAGCCCUGUGUGGAAGAGGGGCUCCGGGAGAAGUGCGGGAACCCCGGAGAGCUGCGGUUGGUCCACAUCCUGGUCCGGAGCAGUGAUCCCUCUCACCUGGUCUACAUCGAUAAUGCUGGCAACCUUCAGCACCCUGAGGACAGGCUGAACUUUCGGCUGCUGGAGGGCAUAGACGGGUUUCCUGAAUCUGUCGUGAAGGUUCUCGCAUCAGGAUGUCUACAGAACAUGAUGCUCAAGUCACUGCAGAUGGACCCCGUUUUCUGGGAAAGCCAAGGGGGGCGACAGGGGCUGGAGCAGGUUCUCCAGACCCUGGAGCGGCGAGGACAGGUCCUGCUGGGACACAUCCGGAAGCAGAACAUGACUCUCUUCAGGGAUGAGGACACGUGAGCCCCGGCCACUGCCCAGGCAGGACUCUUGCCUUGCUGGCGGGGUGCUCACAACACAAGCGGAUGAGCACCUAUCCUCAUGACCACACUUUCUUGAGUUUACCCAUCUUGAAGACAAAUGGGAAAAGCCAGAAACCACAGGACACCAUGGAUGUCACAGGGUGUCACCUGCUUGGGAUGGUGGAGGUGGUUGUGGUUGUGGGUGUGGAGUUUUCAAUCUCCCCACAUUCCUUUCUGCCUUCUCAGCUCUGGCUAUUUACUUCCUUGCACCAAUAAAUACAUUCAAGAAUGUUC